UUCCCCUGCCAUGCCCACUAAGCACCCACAGAACCGGUAGUUAAAAAAAUUUGAAACCCACCACUGGGGGCCGCAGAUGGUUGUGCACGAGGCACAUGGGAAGCCCACUGUUGCACGCAUCUCAGAGGUCCGGUCCAGCGUGUUCAAGAAGCCCUGCGGCCAUUUGAUCAACACCCUGCAGGGCACCAAGGAAGACAGCCCAGCCUGUCUGUCCCUCACCUCAAGGUGGGCGUGAAAGUACCCAGGGAAUUGCAUCACUUCUGCGUGGUGAGAGUUUCCCCCCCAUUAAUCAUCACCCUCUUAACCUGGACAGUGGAGGCAGCAGCAGCCAUAAUGAGACCAUCUGAAUUCAGCUGCGGUCCGAUUCGAACUCCAGGAGUCACAUGAGAUCUCCUCCCCCUCCCCCCAAGUUUUCCCCAAGAGUUGCUGGUCCAAGAGAUCUCUCACCACCUUCUAGUAGCCAGUAGAUGUUCUCCUUGGGGAAGAGUGGGGGGGGGUUGCAGAGCCAUGAGCAUCUGGCCCUUCCUGGAGGCUCAGUAUGGCAGGAGCCGCCUGUCUAUUUUGGUCCAUCUUUUAUCGCUUUCUCUCCCCUAACCCACCCCGGUGGAAUUUGCUUGAUCCAAGUGUCUAAGCCAGCCGGCUGGCUGGCUGCAAACUUCCCAAGGAAGGCGUUGGGCAAGCGGGCAUAUCAAGAGAAGCUUGCUCACCAUGGCUCAGCAGCACAGCCUGCCCCACGCCUACCCCAUGAGCCCCGAGUGCGAGUUUGCCAACCCCAGCAAGGUUUACGACCAGAAUUUUGGAGAAGGCCUUUCCCCUGGAGAUAUUCUGGCUCCAACCUUGUACCACGGUUAUUAUAUCAGGCCCCGGAUCAACAAACAGCUGGAACGAGGGAUUUCAGAGGUCACCCUCAAUGAACACAAAUUCCAGGUUUUCCUUGACGUCUGCCAGUUCACCCCCGAUGAAAUCGCUGUCCGCACCAUGGACAACCUCCUGGAGGUGACGGCCCAGCAUCCUCAGAAGAUCGACCGACAUGGAUACAUCUCGCGCGAGUUCACCCGGACCUACAUCCUCCCCUUGGAUGUCGAUCCUUUGUCGGUCAAAGCCACCGUGACCCACGAUGGCAUCCUCAGCAUUGACGUCCGGCGGACUGGGAAGGAACUGAAGGCCAAAGUCAACGAGGUGGAAGUCACCUUCCAAGGACAACCUGAAAGGAAAGAAGGAAGUUCAGGAGAGAUCUCAGAUCCUUAAAGCAUCCUUCUAGAACAGGGGUCUCCAACCUUGGCAACUUUAAGCCUGGAGGUCUUUAACUUUGCUGGCUGGGGAAUUCUGGGAAUUAAAGUCCUCCAGGCUUAAAGUUGCCAAGGUUGGAGACCCCUGUUCUAGAAUGACCUAAUUUUGGUCAGUUUGAGUAGGCAAGUCUGGAAGUAGUCUUUCAUGGACAUCAAAAGCUCAUGUCUAGUUGGUCUCCUUGGCCUCUUCUUCUCCUCCCCAAAUAUCUAGGGCUUUCAUUCAAAGAAGCUUCUCCAUCUUAUCUUUUCAGAUGCCCUCUAACCCUUCUUUCUUCGAAAUAUAAUUCCCAGGAUUAUGAUGGGAGACAGUAAAAGGCCACCGCACCAGUUUGAAACCUGUGAUAUGGGUAAACCGAAUUCCUUUUCGUUUUUCAUUUUGAACGGGUACCAUAAUUCCUACCAUUUUCCUGCCAGUGUGCUGAUGGGAAUUGUGGUCCAAAGCAUUUGGAAGGCCAGUAGAUGGGAGAAGAUGGCGCUCGCAAUGUUGCUGGCAUUAAGAGAGUUGCAAAUGAUUCAACUUUACUUUCUUUACCAAAAAAUUAAUCGGCGGCCUUGUUGAGAUGGGCUUGGUUUAACUACCCAUCAUAAUUCCUUCCAUUUUCAAAUGAUUGGCCCUUUUUAUUUUGGAAUUCUGUAACUUCUUUUACUCAUCUGUUGAUGAUUAAAUGAGAUUUUAAAAUUAAAAAAAAAUGUAUAAAGCAAAGAA